UUUAUCGAUGUGACUUUCAAAGAGCGAUUACUUCGUAAAUUCUGUCGUGAUGUAUCUGAUGUAGAAGCGUGUUGGACACUUAUUCAUAUCAUAACAUUUAUCAUGUAUUUCUCGAUAUAUUUCGGUAUAUUAUUAAUAUCACUCUUCCAGAUCAUGAUUAAAAAUCUGAAGGAAUUUAUACAAACAAGGUGAUUUUAUGCAGAGCGAUACGAAAAAAUAGUAACAAUAAAAUUGUGUUCGAUCGCGAUGAGACAGAUGACUUCGACACACUCCCUCCCUGUCAAAUGUAUCGAGGAUAAUUGACGCCAAAUAUAUUCGACGCUAUCGCUUUUCUUGACUUCAUGUAUUUAGUAUGGAUAAACACGAAAACUGAGAUAUAAAUUGAUGUAGCGAGUUUUUUUUGACGAGUGGUAUAUCCGGCACCUGGUGAGACGAAUCCUUGCGCAGGAUGCGCGUCGUUCGGAUCAAUUCGAGGAACGUGAUAUUCCUCUUUAUAGCGCUUCUGUCAACCUCCGCCGAGGAAACACAUACAGGUCAUGAUACUCUAAGCGCCUUUACACAAAAAGAAGCUAAUGUAAAUACUACACCAGCCUACAGUAGCAAAAAGGAGGAAAUAACUGGUUUGUGUGGUCCAAGUGGGAUACCUUGUAUUAAACUGAGCGGAGAAUGUCUAAAAUGCAUUUUUAAUUAUAGUUGUGUAUAUGGUGCUGUUUAUGAUGCACAGUGUUCUGUUAUGGAACAUGUUGAUUGCAUAGGAAAGAAAACUUUCCAAAAGAAAUAUAUGUGUCGAUAUUGUUAUCAAACUGAUCACUGGGAACAUCAGUGUCAUCAGAAAAAUUCCUGUAGCUCAGUAGCAUCUCCACAGCAAUAUUAUAGAACAAAUUGUACAGUAAAUGAUGAUGUAUUGUGCCUGGGCAGACGAAAGUUUAUGAAAAACUUGCCUUGCAAUUGGACAGUUGGAUAUCGAUGGUCUACAGCUCUGAUAUUGAGCAUUACUCUUGGAGGAUUUGGUGCUGACAGGUUUUAUUUAGGACACUGGCAAGAAGGUAUUGGCAAGCUUUUUAGUUUUGGUGGACUGGGUGUAUGGACCUUAAUCGACGUAAUACUAAUUUCUAUGAGAUAUUUGGGUCCUGCUGAUGGUUCUUUGUACAUUUAAAUUGUUAAUCAAUAAGAAAAGUUUAAUUUUAAUUUGUUAUAAUUUGUUGUAAUUUGUGUGUAAGAUAAUUUUUUAUAAAGUACAGAAACGUUAUAUUUGUUGAUUUAAAAUGAACUAUAAGUGAUAAAAGU